CAAGGCCAACAAAUGGCAUUAAGGUUGCGUAUAGGCUGUGAAACUGACGAUCUUUGCCCUGAAGUUUAUCACGAACUUUGGAGGGAAAAUCGGCAUUUGUGGUUUAGGAAGGAUCAUCUGCCAAUUUCAGCUUCAGAACUGCAUUUAAACUCUGCAACAAGUAACUUUCUUGACUCUCAUAGCUUGUUCCCCAGGCCACCCAAUGUUGCAAAUCAUUAUUCACAAAGACCUAACCCUGGUCUGUGGUUUACCCUUCUCUCCACCAGUAACCGGGAAGGGAAAGUUCUUCCUCAAAUACCUAAACCGUACAUCAGAGUGAAAGACUCCAAUGUGACGGUUUUCAUGGUCAAGACGUACCUCGUUAGAAAGCUUGGUCUCUCCAACGAAGCUGAGGUGGAGAUUUCAUGCAUGGGACAGAAUUUGUUGGAUUCACAAACUCUGAAGCAUGUGCGUGAUUGUAUCUGGCUGUCUAAAUUGGUUGAGUUUCUAAACUCAAACCCAACAAUAGUUAAAGAUACAAAAUUUCUGCAUCGUCUGAUGUCUCUGGAGUAUGGAAGGAGCUGCUUGAUCAACAAAGAAGUAUAACAAUCUAUGGUCUUUUGGUAUUCCACUAAUAUAU